GCUGCCCCAGCGCGCAUGCGCGGACUAGACGGCGCGGCGGUCUCUGCGCAUGCGCACCCUGCUUUCACAUUUUCCCGCGCUGUCGCUCCUUUCCCGUUAUCUUUUCCCGUUAUCUUUUCUCGUUUUUGUCUCUCGUUCCGGUUAUCCCGCCUUGCCCAGGAGCGGGAUCACCUCCUUCGGGAACUGGGCGGGGCAGCGGCCAGGCGGAAGCGCGGCUGGGGGGGCGUGGCCGUCCCUCUGACCCGCGCCCACGUGUUCGGCGGCGCACGCGGAGCCGCCACCAUGGAGCAGCCCAGCCCCUCUGGAGGCAGUGAGGAGCUGUCAGAGAGUGAGGAGAGCGUUUAUUCCGGCCUCGAGGAUUCGGGCAGCGACAGCGAAUCCUCCGGGAAUGAGGAGGAGCAGGAGGAGGAGGAGGAGGAGGAGGAAGAGGAGGAAGAAGAAGGCCCUGGAAGCCCCUCGGCUCCCCAGACACGGGCCAAGGGAAUUCCUGGGAAGAGGAAAACCUUGGAGGACGAUUCCCCCUUGGAAGGGAAGCAGGAUUUGGCUGUCCACGAUGAGUACGAGGAAGACAGCUCGGAUGAGGAGGACAUCCGGAACACGGUGGGGAACAUUCCCAUGGAAUGGUACCAGGAUUUCCCGCAUGUCGGCUACGACCUGGACGGGAGGAAGAUCUACAAACCCCUGCGGAGCAAGGACGAGCUGGACCUGUUCCUGGAGAAGAUGGAAAACCCGGAAUACUGGCGCACGGUGCAGGACAGACAGACGGGGGCGGCGCUGGCUCUGUCGGAGGAGCAGCUGGAGCUGGUGCAGCGCCUGCAGCGGGGGCACUUCGGGGACCUCAACUUCGACCCCUACGAGCCGUCCGUGGAUUUCUUCAGCCACGAGGUGCGGAUCCACCCGGUGACCAACCGGCCCGCCGACAAACGGAGCUUCAUCCCUUCCCUGGUGGAGAAGGAAAAGGUCUCCAAGCUGGUGCACGCCAUCAAGAUGGGCUGGAUCCAGCCGCGGAAGCCCAGGGAGAGCGCUCCCACCUUCUACGACCUGUGGGCGCGGGAGGAUCCCGGCUCGGUGCUGGGCCGGCACAAGAUGCACGUCCCCGCGCCCAAGCUGCCGCUGCCGGGCCACGCCGAGUCCUACAACCCGCCCCCGGAAUUCCUGCUCAGCCCCGAGGAGCGGCUGGCCUGGGAGCAGCAGGACCCGGCCGAGCGGCGCCUGAGCUUCGUCCCGCGGCGCUUCCCGAGCCUGCGCGCCGUGCCCGCCUACCCGCGCUUCAUCCACGAGCGCUUCGAGCGCUGCCUCGACCUCUACCUCUGCCCCCGCCAGCGCAGGAUGAGGGUCAACGUGGAUCCCGAGGAUCUCAUUCCCAAACUUCCCAGGCCCAGGGAUCUGCAGCCCUUCCCCACCACGCAGGCCCUGAUUUACCGCGGCCAUUCCAGCCUGGUGCGGACCCUGAGCGUCUCCCCCAGCGGGCAGUGGUUGGUGUCAGGCUCGGACGACGGCUCGGUGCGGUUCUGGGAGGUGAGCACGGCGCGCUGCCUGCGCACGCUGACCCUCGGCGCCGUGGUCAAGAGCGUGGCCUGGAACCCCAACCCCGCCAUCUGCCUGGUGGCCGUGGCCGUGGAUGAGCAGGUGCUCCUGGUGAAUCCAGGCCUCGGGGACCGGCUGCUGGUGGCAGCCACGGAUCAGCUCCUGGAUUCCUGGGAAGCUCCGGAGGAGGAGCGGAUCCAGCCGGUCCGGUGGAUCCCGGCCAGCCCCGAGGAGCGCGGGAAGGGGAUCCGGCUGCUGGUGCAGCACAGCAAGCCGGUGAUGCAGGUGACCUGGCACGGCAAGGGCGACUACUGGGCCUCGGUGGUGCGGAACCCCGGCAGCCGGCAGGUGCUGAUCCACCAGAGCAGCCGGCGCUGGAGCCAGGAUCCCUUCCGGAAGAGCCCCGGGAUGAUCCAGUGCGUGCAGUUCCACCCGCUCCGGCCCUACUUCCUGGUGGCUUCCCAGCGCUCCGUGCGCAUCUACAACCUGCUGCGCCAGGAGCUCACCAAGAAACUCCAGAGCAACUGCCAGUGGAUCUCCAGCAUGGCCGUGCACCCCGGAGGGGACAACGUGAUCUGCGGGAGCUACGACAGCAAGCUGGCCUGGUUUGACCUGGACCUGUCCACGCGGCCCUACCGGCUGCUGCGGCACCACGGCCGCGCCGUGCGCUCGGUGGCGUUCCACCGGCGCUACCCGCUCUUCGCCUCCGCCUCCGACGACGGCUCCGUCAUCGUCUGCCACGGCAUGGUCUACAGUGACCUGCUGCAGAACGCGCUCCUGGUGCCGCUCAAGGUGCUCAAGGGCCACGCGCCCGCCCUGGACCUCGGCGUGCUCGACGUCGCCUUCCACCCCCAGCAGCCCUGGCUCUUCUCCUCGGGCGCCGACGGCACCGUGCGCCUCUACACCUGAUCGAUCCUCCGGAUCCACCCGGAUCCACCCGGAUCCACCCCCAGCAGCCCUGGCUCUUCUCCUCGGGCGCCGACGGCACCGUGCGCCUCUACACCUGAUCCUCCGGGAUCCACCCGGAUCCACCCGGAUCCACCCCCAGCAGCCCUGGCUCUUCUCCUCGGGCGCCGACGGCACCGUGCGCCUCUACACCUGAUCGAUCCUCCGGGAUCCACCCGGAUCCACCCCCUGCAGCCCUGGCUCUUCUCCUCGGGCGCCGACGGCACCAUGCGCCUCUACACCUGAUCGAUCCUCUGGGAUCCACCCGGAUCCACCCGGAUCCACCCCCAGCAGCCCUGGCUCUUCUCCUCGGGCGCCGACGGCACCGUGCGCCUCUACACCUGAUCGAUCCUCCGGGAUCCACCCGGAUCCACCAGAUCCACCCCCAGCAGCCCUGGCUCUUCUCCUCGGGCGCCGACGGCACCGUGCGCCUCUACACCUGAUCCUCCGGGAUCCACCCGGAUCCACCCGGAUCCACCCCCAGCAGCCCUGGCUCUUCUCCUCGGGCGCCGACGGCACCGUGCGCCUCUACACCUGAUCCUCCGGGAUCCACCCGGAUCCACCCGGAUCCACCCCCAGCAACCCUGGCUCUUCUCCUCCGGCGCCGACGGCACCGUGCGCCUCUACACCUGAUCCACUGGGAUCCACCCGGAUCCACCCAGAUCCACCCCCAGCAGCCCUGGCUCUUCUCCUCGGGCGCCGACGGCACCGUGCGCCUCUACACCUGAUCGAUCCUCCGGGAUCCACCCGGAUCCACCCGGAUCCACCCCCAGCAGCCCUGGCUCUUCUCCUCCGGCGCCGACGGCACCCUGCGCCUCUACACCUGAUCGAUCCUCCGGGAUCCACCCGGAUCCACCCGGAUCCACCCCCAGCAGCCCUGGCUCUUCUCCUCCGGCGCCGACGGCACCGUGCGCCUCUACACCUGAUCCACUGGGAUCCACCUGGAUCCACCCGGAUCCACCCCCAGCAGCCCUGGCUCUUCUCCUCGGGCGCCGAAGGCACCGUGCGCCUCUACACCUGAUCCUCCGGGAUCCACCCGGAUCCACCCCCUGCAGCCCUGGCUCUUCUCCUCGGGCGCCGACGGCACCAUGCGCCUCUACACCUGAUCGAUCCUCUGGGAUCCACCCGGAUCCACCCGGAUCCACCCCCAGCAGCCCUGGCUCUUCUCCUCCGGCGCCGACGGCACCGUGCGCCUCUACACCUGAUCCACUGGGAUCCACCCGGAUCCACCCGGAUCCACCCCCAGCAGCCCUGGCUCUUCUCCUCGGGCGCCGACGGCACCGUGCGCCUCUACACCUGAUCCACUGGGAUCCACCCGGAUCCACCCGGAUCCACCCCCAGCAGCCCUGGCUCUUCUCCUCGGGCGCCGACGGCACCGUGCGCCUCUACACCUGAUCCACUGGGAUCCACCCGGAUCCACCCGGAUCCACCCCCAGCAGCCCUGGCUCUUCUCCUCGGGCGCCGACGGCACCGUGCGCCUCUACACCUGAUCGAUCCUCUGGGAUCCACCCGGAUCCACCCCCAGCAGCCCUGGCUCUUCUCCUCGGGCGCCGACGGCACCAUGCGCCUCUACACCUGAUCGAUCCUCCGGGAUCCACUGGGAUCCACCUGGAUCCACCCCCAGCAGCCCUGGCUCUUCUCCUCGGGCGCCGACGGCACCGUGCGCCUCUACACCUGAUCCACUGGGAUCCACCCGGAUCCACCCGGAUCCACCCCCAGCAGCCCUGGCUCUUCUCCUCGGGCGCCGACGGCACCGUGCGCCUCUACACCUGAUCGAUCCUCUGGGAUCCACCCGGAUCCACCCCCAGCAGCCCUGGCUCUUCUCCUCCGGCGCCGACGGCACCGUGCGCCUCUACACCUGAUCGAUCCUCCGGGAUCCACCCGGAUCCACCCGGAUCCACCCCCAGCAGCCCUCGCUCUUCUCCUCCGGCGCCGACGGCACCGUGCGCCUCUACACCUGAUCGAUCUUCUGGGAUCCACCCGGAUCCAGGGGGAUCCCUGGCUCUUCUCCUCCAGCGCCAUCAGCACCCUGCACCUCUACACCUGGUCCACUUGGAUUUGGUGGGAUCGACAGGGAUCCACCCGGAUCCAGCGGGAUCCACCUCCAGCCACCCUGGCUCUUCUCCUCCAGCGCCAAUGGCACCUGAUCUUCCCUCCUGGAUCCAGUGGGAUCCCUGGCUCAGCACCGACGGCACACUGCGCCUCUACACCUGACCGUCCCGAAGGGAUCCAGUGGGAUCCACCGGGAUCCGCCGCCUUCGGAUUUCACUGUGCUCAAUAAAGACUUGGUUUGGAUACGG